UCUUUUUAUUGAUAACAAGUCACAUCUUCAAUAAACCCUAUUAAACUUGGCAAAUGUAGCCCAGUUUUAAUAAAUUUGCUCUCAGUUUUGAUUAAGUCUUUCAAUUAAUGUAAUCCAAAAGGUGGAUUCUAAAAGUUUGUGCACAUAAGGCUCGACUAACUGAUUUACAGCAGGCUGGCUCAUUCUUCUGUCCGUUCCACACAGUAAAAUGGAUAUAUGUAAUCAUCAAACAUAUAUACUACAUGUACUCAUAUUAUGCAUUAAGAACAUACAAACAGUAUAGACAAAACACAUAUACACUAUACACAAGCAUUACACAUUAACAACUCACAACCAUCACAUGGAAAAUGUAUUCUUUACACAUUGAACACACAGAAAUGUUACAUGUUGAGCAAAGAUUAUAUCUAUGAAUUUUAUACACUAAACCCGUGGGCACUAUGUAGUUUAAACAUGUGUAAGCUAAACAUUAAGAUAACAUAAACACUACAGAAAAUACAUAGCUAUUUUCAUAUAUAUUACAAUUUGAACACAUAUAUUAAACAUGCAUUAAUACAUAUAAAUGUCUUGGCCAAUUUGUCGUUGGACUCACCACUGCAGCCGUUUUGAUCUGUCUUUGAUUGUCUAUAAUUCAGUUUGAUUGAGAACCAGGCUUCUGUUGCUAGGUGAUGAGAAUAAGGUGGGUGUCUGUGAAGUGCUAAGAAGCCUCAAUCUGAUGGCUCAGAGACUCAGACUUCUCCCUGCUCAUUCUGGCCUCUCACUGGGACUGGCUCUGCGUUUGCCAGAGAGUGGGGUCUCACAAUCUGGCAAUGAAAUUAAGCUCACUAUUUGGCAAUGGGACCCAUCACAGUAACGAUGCACGGCAGCAGUUUCAAACUGAGUUGAAGUUCACUAUCUGGCAAAGGGACUGGCUUCUAUAUCUACCAAUUAGCCACAUCUCACUAUCUAGCAAUGGGACCAGUUUCAUUAUCAGCCAGUGCACCAAGACCUGAUGUUGGGUCUUUGACCAAAACAUCAAUUCUUGAUUCCUUUCCAUAGCUGCUGCCUGACCUCCAGCAUUGUGUGUGUGUGUGUGUGUGUGUGUGUGUGUGUGUGUAAGACACAGGUAUCGCUCAAUAUUAUGAGAGAUAAGAGUUAAUGCUCAAGGAUAAAAGCUAAUUCUCAGCCCAAUGAAGCAGUGGAGGCUACCUCAGUAAAUAUAUUUAAGACAAGUUUGGAUAUGAUUUUUGCAUAGUAGGGGAAUUAAGGGUUAUGGGGAAAGGGCAGGUAGGUGGAGAUGAUUCCAUGGUCAAAUCAGCCAUGAUCUUAUUGAAUGAUGGAGCAGGUCCGACGGGCCAGAUGGCCUGCGCCUGCUCCUAUUUCUUAUGUUAACCAAAAACCCCUAUCUCGCAGUAGAACCAGUGUAAUUGCCAGUGAGUUAAGUUACACCAUUUGACCAUGGGAGAGCCAUGCUGCUCAACUAAUGAAGCAAGUCUCAGUGUCUGACAAAGGGUUGAGUCACAUAAUCAUACAGGGAGCCCACGGGUGGAAGGGAGUAUAAGGGAAGCAGAGAACAAAACAGGUUGGGUAGGGAAGAAUGCAGAGGGAGAAGAGAAUUACGUCAUUGACUAAUUUCACUUAAAUUAAUGUGGAAAUGACAGGUGGGGCAUUGAAUGGACAUUUGUUCUUCAUAACCCAAUAAAUUAAAUGUUAAAAUAAAUAAAGGGCAGCUCGUCUCCUUCACUUUACUGAUGAUGAUCUUGUAUAAUGGGAUUAAGUGAGGCUGAAAUGUGCUUGCCCGGAGGCUGUGCUAUAAUUUCAUUAGAACCCUGAUCCACUGACCAUUCUUCUUAAAGCAGGCUGCUGCCCUGAUUCCUGCUUCAUUCCAGGUGCCCAGCCAUGAGGGACAGUCAGUGCUGGCGGAGCAUGAGACUACGGGAGACCAUCUCCAUCUACAUGACCACACUGCUGAUCAUCGUGAUAAUACUGGUGCUGUCUUUCAACCCCAUCGCACCCAGGCGGAGUCCCUUCCCCUAUCGAGUGCCCUUGGAUCCUCAGGGACUGGCGAAGCUGGCCUGGAACGUCAGCUAUUCCCAGGAAGCGGUGUACUUCUGCCUCAUGAUCAGGGAACUGAAGUUUGGGAUGCUGUUUGGGAUGUCGGACCGAGGAGGCAUAGAGAACGCAGACCUGGCCAUCCUGUGGAGCGAUGGCCGCAACUCCUAUUUCGGGGAUGCCUGGACUGAUGAGCAGGCACAGAUUCACUUGGACACACAGCAGGAUUACCAGCUGAUUGAUGCUCACCAGUCAAACCAAGGAUUUUACCUCACCUUCAAGAGACACUUCAACACCUGCGACAAAAGGGACUACGUCAUUGAGGGCGGCACGGUCCAUCUCCUGUACGGAUUCCUUGAGCGGCCAGUUGCAUCGGUGGAAACCAUCAACCUGAGGUCAGUGGCCAGGGGCAUACAGAGGGUGCAGCUCCUGAAACCCGACAUCCAUACGCCCGCACUGCCCUCAGAUGUUAAGGUGUUGGAAGUGCUCGCCCCGAACGUAACAAUUCCUGACCAGGAAACAACCUACUGGUGCCACAUCAGUCAUCUGCCCAGCAACUUUCCUGCACAUCACGUUGUCAUGUACGAGCCAGUGAUUUCAAAAGGAAAUGAAGCAAUUAUACAUCAUAUGGAGGUGUUCCAGUGCGCACCGCAGUUUGACCAGAUGCCUGCGUAUAAUGGGCCGUGUGACUCCAAGAUGAAGCCCGCAAAGCUGAAUUAUUGCAGGCACGUGCUGGCGGCAUGGGCAAUGGGCGCUCAGGCAUUCUAUUACCCAAAAGAUGCUGGACUUCUCAUUGGCGGAGAAAACUCCUCAAAGUAUUUGCGACUGGAAGUGCAUUACCAUAAUCCUCUGAAACUCUCUGGGCGAUUGGACCAGUCUGGGAUUCGUCUGUUCUAUACACCCACCUUAAGGAAGUUCAACGCAGGUAUCAUGGAACUGGGUCUGGUGUACACACCCAUCAUGGCAAUCCCUCCAGGCGAGACGAGCUUUGUGCUCAGGGGAUAUUGUACGGCAAAGUGUACUGAACACACACUGCCCAAGUCUGGCAUCCGGAUCUUUGCUUCACAACUCCACACUCACCUUACUGGCACAAAGGUGAAAACUGUCCUUGUCCAGGAUGGGGUUGAGAUGGACAUUGUGAAUGCUGAUGGACAUUACAGCACUCACUUUCAGGAAAUUCGUAUGUUGCAGAAAGAGGUCACAGUGUUACCCGGGGAUGUCCUGAUCACUUCCUGCACGUACAAUACAGAGGACCGGAAUCAUGUGACCGUGGGAGGAUUUGGAAUCAACGAAGAAAUGUGUGUGAACUACGUGCACUAUUACCCCCAGACUGAACUGGAGCUGUGUAAGAGUGUUGUGGAUCUGAGUUACCUGCAGAAAUAUUUCACCUUCAUCAACAGGAUAGAAGAUGACGGGAUCUGUACCUGCCCUCAAGUACCUGUAACACAGCAGUUCAACGCCGUGACCUGGAGCCCUUUCAGUCACCAAGUACUGAGGGCCUUGUAUGAUUCUGCUCCCAUCUCUAUGCAUUGCAACAAGUCUUCUGCUGUUCGUUUCCCGGGUGACUGGGAAAAGCAACCUCUCCCAGAAGUGACCAAGGUGCUGCCUGAAACUCCAGAUCGCUGUCAGAGGAUGAGCCACUUGGAGCCAGGAGAACCCACCGUCGUUGACUUCACCUCCAGGAAACCAGGACAGUGACGUAAGGCUCAGCCGUUCGCAUCAGCUGAUCGACCGGGAGCAGAAUUGGGUGAAAGAUGUUCCUGACAACCACACAAAACCGAUAAUUCCUCUCUAAUGUCUCACCUGUUUGUGACUGUGACCUGUGGCCUCUGUAUGCUGCCUGUUGAAUGAGCCAGAUUAUAUAUCUCUUCCAAUUAAACUGCAAACUGUUUUCAAUCAGCAUCUGUGAGAUUUUGUGACGAAGAUUCAGAUCCUCUGUGAAGUAUGUACAGAAAUGCACAAUACCUGCUCUGAAGUCCAACACCUCUAUCCACACCUGCCCAAAAGUUUCUAGACAUCCAUAAUGUGGGAGGUGGUCACUACUUCCAAUAUUCACACCAGGCUUCUGCAUAGCUCUGAGGCUCUCAGUGCCAUGCAGAAUUAUGUUUAGUCACAAGCCAGGCAUUCAUGUGAGCCAAUAAGGGUGUUAUAUUCUUCCAAAGAGACUUGAGUACAUUCUCAAAGACUCUAGCCUCCAUAUGAAGAAUAAUAAUAAUAAUAAAACAGACAGAAAAAGCUUCUAUAUAGAAAGUUUCAGAGUAGCAAAGAUGAGAGUGGAAUACUGAGGGAAUGAGAGUGGGGAAUUAAUAACAAAAGCAAGGCUAUUGCAGAUAAGUUACAACAACACUUUUCAUUAGUCUUCACAGUGAAUGAUACUGUAAUUAUCCCAAAGACAUCAGAUAUGAUCUAGUUUCUAACACCAUAGAAAAACUUGUAACAACUCCCAUCAUGAGGGACAAAAUACUGGAAAAACUAAUGGGAGUAAAAGCAGCCAAGAAACACAUAACUAUUUUAAAGAGAGGUUGCAGAAAUAAUGGAGACAUUGAAGAUUUUAUCAUAAUUCUUUCUUCUAGAAGAGUACCAGCAUACUGAACAAACACAAGCGUGUUUGUUUUGUUCAAGAAGGAUGUCAAAAAGCAGGUAACAAUAGGCAUGCUAGGUUCACAUCUGUUGUUAGUAGGAUACCGAGGUCUAUAAUUAAGGAAGAAAUUGCUAGUCAUUUAGAGAAACUUAUUGUAAUCAAACCAAGUCAACAUGCUUUACGAAAGACAAAUCACGUCUGACAAAUUUGCUGUAAUUCUCUGUGGGUGUAACAAGCAGAGGAGAUAAAGAGUUGAAUCUGUUGAUGUGAUGCAUUUGAAUUUCCAGAGGCAUUUGACGAGGUGCCACAUAAAACCCUCCUAUUCCAACAUGUUAAUCCAUCUUGUGCCAAGAUAAGGUCACCCUCAGAAUGGAGGAGCAACACCUUAUAUCCCUCCAACCUGAUAGCAUGAAUAUUGAUUUCUCCUUCUGGUGAACAAAAUUCCACCCCCCCCCCCCCCAACCUUCUACUACUUCUCAUCUGCCUAUUACAUCCCGCUGGGUCCCCUCCUCCUUUUUCUCCUAUGGUCAACUCUUCUCCCCCAUCACAUUCUUUCUUCCACAGCCAUUUACAUUUCCCACCCACCUGGCUUCACCUAUCACCUCCCAGCUAGCCUCUUUUCCCUCACCCCAUCCCUCUCAGUCCCUGAAGGAGUGCCUUGGCCUGAAACGUUGAUUGUUUAUUCAUUUCCACAGAUGCUGCUUGGCCUGCUGAGCUCCCCCAGUAUUUUGAGUGUGUUGCUUUGAAUUUCCAGCAUCUGCAGAUUUUCUCCUGUUUGCACAAGAGUUUGUGGUAUGUGUUAGCAUGGAUUGUAGGCAAGUUAUCAAAGAGAAGACAAAUAGUAGGAAUAAACUGGCCUUUAUCAUGCUGAAAGAAUGUAACUAGUGAAGUUCACCAUUAAAGCCCUGAAGAGGGGGAUAGGAUAUAUCUAACUUUGUUAUUGAUGUGAAAAUAGACAGGCAGAUAUUUUGUUUGCAACAAAAUGAAGAUAGAAUGAGCAAGAGGGUGAAAACUUGGCAAAUGGAGCUUCAUGUGGGAAAGCAUGAGGUCAUGCGCUCCAGACAAGGAAUUACAGGCAGACUAUUACAUUAAUGGAGAAACAACCCAGAUGAGUGAAGCACAGAGGGAUUUAGAUAUUCUUUUAAAAGAAACACAAGAAGUUUGUAGGUAGUUGUGUCAGGUGUUUAAAAAGGCAAAUGACAUGCUGGUCUUUGAUGUAAGAGAGUUAUGGUUUAGAAAUAGAGCAGUAGUUUUACAAUGGUACAAGAUAUUAGUGAGACAAUGCUUGCAGUAUUGUGCACAGAUUUGGUUUCCUUAUUUAAGAAAGGAUAUACCAGUAUUGGAGGCAGUGAAAAAGAAACACAAUGGGUUAAUUACUGGGAUAAGAGGUCUGCCCAAUUACAAGGUGGUGAAGAAAUAAGAA